AUGCAACAACAGCAACCGCAGGCGACGAUUCAAAACCACACUCCGCCAUCUUCCUCUGCAGGGCCCACCACGGCGGAGGCGCCGCCGAAGCAGGUGGCGCUGGCAAUGGAGCGGCUUUCCGACGCCGGCCGCCUGAUCGCUGACAUAAGGCUUGGCGCCGACCGCCUCCUCGAAGCUCUAUUCGUGGCGGCUCAGCCUCACCAAAGCACCAAGCCUCUCCACUUGUUCCUCAACGAAGACGCCUCCAUGCGUCAACACCUCCUUGACCUCCGCUCCGUCGGAAGGCAGCUAGAAGAGUCUGGGGUUCUGAACGAGUCUCUGAGAUCGCGAAGCAAUUCUUGGGGAUUGCACAUGCCCUUGGUAUGUCCAGACGGCGCCGUUGUUGCGUAUGCCUGGAAGCGCCAGCUCGCCGGCCAAGCCGGUGCGUCUGCAGUUGACAGGACCAGGUUAGCUCUCAAAGCCUUCACUGAUCAGAAAAGGAGGUUUUUUCCUCACCUUGAUGAGGGGUCGAGUGGUCAGUCUAAUGAAUCAGCUACGAAGAAGCAAUGUGUUUCGCCAGUACCAGCAGCACAUGAUCAAGAAGAGGCUCUAGAGUGCAAAACGCUAUCAGAGGUCUUGGCACGUUUGGAAAAGGUUCCUAAUUUGAAAAUUCUCACGUAUGAGCGAUUGGAUUGGUUGAAAAGGGCAUCUUCACUGCCAGAAAAUGAGAGUCCCAGUGAAACAUUAAAGGAUCAUAAUUUUCACAGUUCAAGCAAGUUACGAGCAGGUCCUCUGGGUGAUGUUGCACCAGAUAAGGUUGCCGUCAUUGAGCUGCUGUUUCCUUCUCUCUUUAGGGCUGUAGUAUCGCUGCAUCCUGCUGGUUCUACAGACCCAGAUGCUGUAGCUUUCUUUUCUCCAGAUGAGGGAGGCAGCUACUUACAUGCAAGAGGUUUUUCAAUUUAUCAUGUCUAUAAGCAUAUCACGGAACAUGCUGCUAUGGCUUUGCAGUAUUUUAUUGGAGUUCGAGCUGAAACAGCUCUCUAUACUCUUUUGCAUUGGAUAUGCAGCUAUCAAACUCUCUUUACAAAAGUUUGCAGUAAGUGUGGACGGCUGCUAUCAAUGGACCGACAAUCAGCUUUACUGUUACCUCCAGUUUAUCGUCCUUACCGCCAGUUCUCCGCAUCAAAUAUAUCGUCAAAUUUAAAUCUUGCCCGGGCUUACCAUGUAGGUUGUUAUUCAGAGGAAUCGUGA